UGAAAAAUCCAGCAAGCUCUACUCGCCUUUUCGCUCCUCGAGAAAGAAGCUCUUGUUGCGGGCCGAAAGGAAGACCCCGCAACGCCUCAAUCACUGGCAUUAACACACAGAUCGCCGCUGUUUAAUUUCCCUCUCCAAGUGUGCCCUCUUCUUUUUUGUCCAAGAUGGCCUGCGGGGCGACGUUAAAGCGCUCGAUGGAGUUCGAGGCCCUCCUCAGUCCCCAGUCUCCCAAGCGCAGGAGGUGCAACCCCUUACCGGGGACUCCCGGUACUCCGUCCCCGCAAAGAUGCAACCUCCGCGCCCCGGUGGACAGCCCGACGCAUGCCAUGUCGCCGCAGAGCAUGGGAGGCGAGGGCAGACUCACACCAGAGCAGAUCUUCCAGAACCUCCGCCAGGAGUACAGCCGCAUCCAGAGGCGGCGGCAGCUGGAGGGGGCCUUCAACCAAACAGAGGCCUGCAGCUCCACGGACGUCCCCAGUCCCUCUUCCUCCCUGCACGCCCCCAGCUCUCCACCAGGUGCCUCGAGACGGGACCAGCCCUCGUUCACGCUCAAGCAGGUGAGCUACCUGUGCGAGCGCCUGCUCAAAGACCACGAGGAGAAGAUCCGGGAGGAGUACGAACAGAUCCUUAACACAAAACUCGCAGAACAAUAUGAAUCGUUUGUGAAAUUCACACAAGAUCAGAUCAUGCGAAGAUACGGUGCCCGGCCUGCCAGUUAUGUCUCCUGAACUCGACGAGAGUCCACCAGCUUCCUCUCGCUCUCUCCCUCCUCUCUCUCUCACAAAAUGGCUGCGGCCCCUACUACUUUUUAUUUUUACCACCACACACACACACACACAAACACACACACACACACACACACAGUGCCAUGGUUUAACCGCUUUGUAUCCAAAACUAUUGCUGCUGGCCAAAACCUUUUGAAGAAAUCUUGAGAGACAACCUUGUUAUGUUAUUAAGCCCUGUCUCCUUCUUCCAUAUCGCCCUUAUAUUCUCUUUUUUUUUUGUUUGUUUUUUUUUGUUUUUAAUUUCGACUGAAGCAGAUCUUCCCGCUCCCUCCCAUCGUGUCCAGUCUCUGGCCCGGCACUCUAGAAUAAAAAGCUUCUUCCUGGCUCA